AUGAUAACUCUACUAUCAACCAUUUUUCCCAUCCUAGUAAUAAUACAAUUUGUUCUGGGAAAUUUUGCCAAUGGCUUUUUAGCCCUGGUGAGCUGCGUUGACUGGGUUAAGAGACAAAAGAUCUCCUCAACUGAUGUGAUUGUCACUGCUAUGGCAGUCUCCAGAAUUGUUUUGCUCUGUGUAAUGUUAAUACAUUGGUAUUAUAUUUUGCUUCAUCCAGCUUUAUAUGGUUUUAAAAUAAGAACUAUUGUUCAUGUUGCCUGGACAAUAAGCAAUCAUUAUAGCACCUGGCUUGCUACUAGCCUCAGUAUAUUUUAUUUGUUGAAGAUAGCCAAUUUCUCCAGCCUAACUUUUCUUCACCUUAAGUUGAGAGUUAAAAGUGUAGUCCUCAUGAUGCUUCUGGGAACUUCAUUCAUUUUGGUUUUACAAGUUGUAGUUAUAAGUGUAAGUGGGACUAUGCAGAGAAGUGAAUUUGAAAGAAACUUCACACAGAAGACCAAACUGAGGGAUAUUUUAUGGCUUUCACAUGUGACCCUGCUCAUUCUAGGAAACCUCACACCCUUUACUAUGUCCUUAAUAUCUUUUCUGCUACCAAUCUGUUCCCUGUGGAAACAUCUCAGGAAGAUGCAGCUCAACGGCAAAGGAUUCCAAGAUCCCAGGACCAAGAUCCAUAUAAAAGCCAUGCAAACUGUCAUCUCCUUUCUCUUGCUAUUUGCCUUUUACUUUCUGGUUCUAAUCAUAUCAAUCUGGAGUCCUAAAAAGUUGCAUGAGGAACCGUUUCUCUUGCUUUUCCCAACAGUUGAAGUCAUCUAUCCUUCAGUCCACUCAUUUAUCCUGAUUUGGGGAAACAGAUAG